AAGCACUUCGAAUGACGAUCGUAUCCGAGUUGGUCUAUGUCGGUGAUGGGUUCUGUAUAGAAGUAACUGGGGAAACAACAUUUUCAUUAUGGCCAUGGUUUCAAAAGCAGCUAUAGGUAUUGCAGCGGGUAUAUGUGGAACAUUGUUUAUUGGAUAUUGUAUAUAUUUCGACAGAAAGCGAAGGAGCGAUCCCAAUUUUAAGAAGAAAUUAAGGGAACGAAGAAAAGCUAGAAGAGGUGCUGCUAUCAAAUCAUCAGGGACAAAACUUCCAGAUCUGAAAGAUCAUGAAGCUGUUCAAAGAUUCUUCCUUCAAGAGGUACAACUAGGUGAGGAACUGUUGGCACAGGGCGAUUUGGAGGGCGGGGUUGAGCAUCUUGGUAAUGCAGUUGCAGUAUGUGGGCAACCAAAUCAGCUUCUGCAAGUUUUGCAGCAAACACUUCCACCUCAAGUGUUCCAUCUUCUGCUACUGCGCCUUCCUUUAGUUGGCCAGCGGAUCGUAGCAGAGAAUGCCACAUCUGUUACAGGGAUGUCUGAAGAUGAUGUGGAAUAAUAAGUAUGCUGGUAGAUAGAGUAGCAUCGAGAAUGGUCAUACAGCACACUUAUACAUUAUUGUACUUUUCUGAGUUCAUAAAAUUGACUGCAAUAACAGAUUAUAUAUAUAUAUAUUUUCAGCAUCAGGAACAGAUUUACAGUGGUGUAUAGUGCAGUUAGUCCCAUUGAGCUAUGCAGUGUGAAAUGAUGAAGGUUCACUUCUUUUCAAAUACUAGUGUUGCUACUCUGUAACACCUUGACUUGUUAAAAAUCAUAAUCAUAGCAGUUCACAUAGGAUUAAUCUCAUACAAAACAUAAUCUAUUCACAAUCCCCUUCCCCCAUUUGUGUAUACACUUAAAAGUAUUGGACAUCGCUGAAAGAAAUUAUAAUUUAAGCAUAAAUAAAAUAAUGCAUUUUGAAUUUAGCACCAUUCUCUCUGAAAUAAUUUUACCAUAAAUGUAAACUUCAAGAGCAGAAUUAAGCAUUUGGUGUGCACAUAAUUUAAGAAUGCGUUUGAAAUUUUGUCCACAAGAACUCCCUUUUCUUCACCUUUAGAUCAUACACAUUCGUGUACUUGAUUUUAUAUCUUUAGCUGUUCAGAUUUCCAUUUCCUAUCAUAAAUGUAAAUCCCUAUACUAAAUGUGUGUUAAAAUGAAAUUGACUUAAUUUAGUUGCAGUCAGGGACCUUCAUCUCUUUCUAACAUCAUUCUGAAAUGUAAGAUAUUUACAUUGUGAGGAAUAAGGCUCCAGAGAGAGAUGUAAGGUUUCAUCUUAAUAUAAUUGACACUCAUGGAUUUGUUAGUUUUUGCUAUAGAUUACAUUUAAAUGUUGUAGACUUUAACAUGCUGGUGCAUCAGGUUUGAUGCACAACACACACAAAAUAUGUGGUUGCAUAGCUGUUCAUUCUAACUGAACUCAAGUUUCUACAGGAAAAACUGAUGUGCAAAGUAAAAAGCUCCAUUUAAAUGAUGUCCUUUUGUUACCUAUGCAAGAGUCCUAUGGUAAUGAUGGUUUUGCUGAACCUCAAUUGAUGUAGUCAGAAACCUCAGUAUAUCAGAUACCACAGCCCAGAUAUGUGCUAGGAAGGAAGUGAUUUAUCAACCAUAUACUGUAUUAAUAUUUCAUUAAAAAACUUAUAUAAGAGGAAAA